AAAAAAAUGGAAGCAGAAAUGCCAUUAUUAUGGGGGGAUACUCCUAAUAUUAAUCAACUUUCACAAAAGUGUGAUGAGAUAAUUGAAGCUUUUACACAGGCUAAACUACAACUUGCUUUUUUAGCUCAAUUACAAUUUGAUGAUCAUCAUAAUGUUCUUCCUCAUCACCAUCUUUCCUUUCAACAUUUGCUUAAAGCAAACGAUGUUGCAGUGAAGGAUACUGACAGUGCGGGAAUUCGGAUUGGUGGGAGUUCUGGCUCAGCUUCUGCUCAUCAUCUGCCAAAGAAAUCUAACAAGUCUUCAUCAAGAAAUGACGUGAACAGAAGGGUGAGAGUGGCAGCUCCCACGGUAGGAAAUACAGAUAUCCCACCAGAAGAUAAUUUCACUUGGAGAAAAUAUGGUCAAAAAGAGAUUCUAAAUGCUAGAUUUCCUAGAAGUUACUAUCGUUGUACCCACCAAAAACUAUACAAUUGUCCCGCCAAAAAACAAGUACAAAGACUAGAUGAUGAUCCAUCCACCUACGAUAUUCUGUACCGUGGAGAACAUACUUGUCAUAUGUCCAAUUCUGCUCCUUCAAUCCCACCCCAACCAAUUCAUCAUCAAGAUGAUCAUAUCAUCUUUCCUGAUCUUCAACAAUCAAUCGCAAACGUCGUCGUUUCUUCUCCAUUAUUUCCUCCAUGGCAGCUCUCCUUAGAUGAUCUUAACAGACCUUCUAACACUGAAGGAACACUCACUGUUACAGGCAGCAUUUUAUUUGAUCAUCCCCAACAGCAGCAACAAGAUGAUCAUAGAUCAUCAUCACUAAAUCAUCAUAGUUUUGAUCUGAUUGAUAAUCAAAUUGAAUCUGCGUUUGAUUCAUGGAUUAAUGUGUUUAAUACUGGCAGCAGUAGCAGCAACACCAUGGACGUUGCUUUCAUUCAUCCUGAUGAUAAAAAUGAUCAAUAACUAGUCAAUUAUCUUAAUUUUUCUUAAUCCGCUGAAAAUAAACUCAUUUAUUAUUUAUUUUUUAAUAAAUUCAUCUAUUAGAGAUACUUGCUAAAA